AUGGCAAAAUUAAUGAACGUAAUACCGAAAUAUACAGGAAACCAAACUGAUGACAUACAUUUAUGGUUUAAAAGAAUUAAAACUGUUCAAGAGACUAAUGAAGAAGAAAAAAAGCCCUCAUUGGCAUUAAUUGGUAAACUUGAAGGGAGGGCUCUAGAAUGGUUCCAUUUGAAGCCAGAAUUUGCAGCAAUGAGCUGGGUAGAAUUUAAAGAAAUAAUGUUUAAAAUAUACAAGAAGAAAGACAAUACAGCUUAUGAAAGAAUUUCAACAACGAAAGUGAAUAAGGGGAUUGGUCUUGAAGAGGCUGACAUUAUUUCUUAUGUUAUUGAUGGUAUGGACAAUACUAAUUUACAAAUGCAAGCACAAUUCAAUUUUGGGACGAAAAUAAAAAAAACAUAUCCACUGCUUUUAAAAGUAUUUAAUUAA